GAUGGUUCAACCCCAACAAGCCCGUGGAUAUCAACCCGGGCGCCACAACCCGACAUCCUAAAACCCUACUGAAAUCACCUGAACCCUUUCGGUGUUCAAAAAACACUUCCUUUCUUCUUCUUCACCUGUAAAAAAAUGGCACGCUUAAUCCGUCCUCUAAGAAGAACCCUUCUCCAGCAUCCUAAAACUCUAUUUCCUCAGCUAAAACAAUCCCACCAAAACCCCAUUUCAAUCCGUGACAAAUUGGGAUUAGUGCAAACAACUAUUGCCAGAAAUUACAUAUCAGAAAUGCGCAAAUCCGCCUUUCAAGAUAAUGUCCUCAGGCUCCUUCGUAACGAGAUCCAGUAUGAGUUAGAACGUGCCCCUCCCAAGCAGCCUGUUACCAAGUUUGGUUCCUUCACAAUUGAUGACAGGCCAGGGGAGCAAUGGGUUACAUUGAAAAGGAAAUUUGCAAGAAAUGAGGAUAUUAAGUUAGAAGCAACCAUGUUUGAUGGAGCUGUUCCCAUUGGAAAACCUGGUGAUAUUACCAAUAACAACGUGCAGCUUCACAUUACUUUGGUUGUUAAUAUCUCCAAGGGUGAUGGAAAUGCCUUGGAGGUCAUGUGCUCAGCUUGGCCGGAUACCAUUGAAAUUACAAAGCUUUUCAUACGCCCAAGUGACAAGAUGCCGGCUCAAGCUUAUGUGGGUCCUGAUUUCAAGGAAUUGGAUGAUGAGCUGCAAGAUUCACUGUAUGAAUUCUUGGAGGCAAGGGGUAUAAAUGAUGAAUUGGCAGCUUUCUUGCAUGAAUACAUGAAGAACAAAGAUAGAACUGAGUACAUUAAGUGGAUGGGUACUGUCAAGUCUUACAUUGAGAAGAAGUAGAGAUUGUUUUCUUACUGUGAUUAUACAUCCAUUUAACUUCUGUGUAUUAGUUAAUGGAACUUUAAACAAGGAUUUCAAUUUUGGCCACUUAUACAAAUUUGACUAGCAGUUGAAUAGGGGAUCUCCACAGUGAGAAUAAUUGAAGGGCUUCUGAGUUUAAAAGUUGUUUGGAGCAUCCAGUUUUGUGCCGCUGAAGUUAUAUUCUCUACUUAUCUGGGCUGAAACAAUGACUAAAUGUUGGAUUGUAACCUAUUCUUCAACCUGAUGAAGUAUGUAUUACAAGUGAAGCAGAAGCUUGUUAUUUUGCCUCGUAUGGAGUUAAAACUGAUGGGGUGGGAAGCAGACAUCCAACUCUUGGGUUGACAGGGCCAAUUGUCCAAAUCACAGGUAAUCAUUUCUGCAAGCAAAUAGGCCUUUUUGAGAUUUAUUUCGUGUAGGUAUGAAUGUAGUUGAAGACAGGUGCCAAGCAGAGUGCUAAGGCGACUUACAAAUGAACUGAUAACCUUUCGUUCUAAAGCAAAAGAUUUAUUUGCUUUAAAUACAGCUGUAGAUAGGUUUUUCUUGUUUCUAAAGUAAGGAUUAAUUAAUUAAUCUAGAAUGCGUAAUUGAUGGUUGUGCUGUGUUCUAAGGGUAA